AUCAGGAGUGACAUGGAGGAACCUCACAUGAUGUACAGUACAUGCAGUUCUCUAGGAGUAGACCCCAUUAACCCCAACCUCCAUCUCUUGCCCAGUACCGCUUUGUCAUCUGAUCCCUCUGCACCUGGAGGAACCUUUUACGGUCCCUCACCUUCCAUCACCCCUCAUACAGAUCAUAGCGUGUGUUACGUUUGUGGGAAAUUCUUUACCAGGAAUGAAACUCUCACCGUACACCAAAGAUCUUACACGGGGGAGAAGCCAUGUUCUGUGUGCGGGAAAUGCUUUCUUAGAAAAUUGUGCUUCACCAAUCAAGAAAAGCCCCAUACGGAAGAGAAGCCGUACGUUUGUUCGGAAUGCGGUAAAUGCUUCAGCCAGAAGUCCAAUCUUACCUUCCACCAGCGGAUUCACACCGGCGAAAAGCCGUAUUCUUGUUCCCAGUGUGGUAAAUGCUUUAAUGUCAACGCCCGUCUUCUCCAGCAUCAAAGAACUCACACCGGGGUGAAGCCGUAUUCGUGUUCGGAGUGCAGAAAAUGUUUUACGGAGAGCUCGGCUCUUGCAAAGCACAAGAGAAUUCACACGGGGGAGAAGCCGUAUUCGUGUUCGGAGUGCGGCAAAUGUUUUACUCAGGGGUGCCACCUUGAGUUACAUAAGAGGACUCACACCGGGCAGAAGCCGUAUUUAUGUUCGGAGUGCGGGAAAUGUUUUGCUACCAGUUCAGCUCUUGUUAAUCACAGAAGAACUCACACCGGGGAGAAGCCGUAUUCCUGUUCAUAUUGCGAGAAAUGUUUCACCCGGAAAAAAAAUCUUCUGUUGCAUCAGAAAGUUCACACUGGCCCACGUCCGUACUCCUGUGCCGAGUGCGGGAAAAGCUAUAUGAAAAAUUCUGGCCUUCUGCGACAUCAGAGAGCUCACACCGGGGAGAAGCCGUAUUCAUGCUCGGAAUGUGAGAAAUGUUUUGCUAUGAACGCAGAUCUUGUACAACACCAGAGAACUCACACAAGGGAGAAGCCGUAUUCCUGUUCUGAAUGUGGGAAAUAUUUCAUGUGCAAGUCAAAUCUCACUGUACACCGUUUGACUCACACAGGCUUUCCGCCGACGGAUCUGCACAAGCCGUACUCCUGUUCAGAGUGCGGGAAAAGUUUUAAGUUUAAUGCUAGCCUUCUCCGACAUCAGAGAACUCACACAGGAGAGAAGCCGUAUUCAUGCUCAGAAUGCGGGAAGUGUUUUACGAUAAAUGCUGGCCUUCUCCGACAUCAGAGAGCUCACACCGGGGAGAAGCCGUAUUUAUGCUCGGAAUGCGGGAAGUGUUUUGCUACGAACGCAUAUCUUGUUCAACACCGAAGAACUCACACGGGGGAGAAGCCGUAUUCCUGUUCUGAAUGUGGGAAAUGCUUUAGUCAGAGGACCAGUCUUAUUUUACACGAGAGGGCUCACACAGGAGAGAAACCAUAUUCAUGUACGGAAUGUGGCAAACAUUUCAGGCAGAAGUCAAAUCUCACUCUCCACCGAUGGACUCACACAGGCUUUCGACCGACGUACAGGCACAAGGCAUACUCCUGUUCCGAGUGCGGGAAAAGUUUUACGAUAAAUGCUAGCCUUCUCCGACAUCAGAGAGCUCACACCGGGGAGAAGCCGUAUUCAUGCUCGGAAUGCGGGAAGUGUUUUGCUAUGAACGCAGAUCUUGUACAACACAAGAAUACUCACACGGGGGAGAAGAGAUAUUCUUGUUCUGAAUGUGGGAAAUGCUUUAGUCACAGGAGCAGUCUUGCUUCACAUGAGAGAACUCACACUGGGGAGAAGCCGUAUUCAUGCUCCGAAUGUGGGAAACGCUUUAGUCAGAGGAGCAGUUUUGCUUUGCAUAGGAGAACUCACACCGGGGAGAAGCCGUUUUCCUGUUCUAAGUGUGGGAAAUGCUUUAGUCAGAAGAACAGUCUUGUUUUGCAUGAGAUAACUCACACCAAGCAGAAGCCGUACUCCUGUUCCGAGUGCGGGAAAUGCUAUAAGGUAAAUGCUAGCCUUCUCCGACAUCAGAGAGCUCACACCGGGGAGAAGCCGUAUUCAUGCUCGGAAUGUGAGAAAUGUUUUGCUAUGAACGCAGAUCUUGUACAACACCAGAGAACUCACACGGGGGAGAAGCCGUAUUCCUGUUCUGAGUGUGGGAAAUGCUUUAGUCAGAGGACCAGUCUUGUUUUACACAAGAGGGCUCACACAGGAGAGAAACCAUAUUCAUGUACGGAAUGUGGCAAACAUUUCAUAAACAAAUCAAAUCUCACUUUACACCGACGGACUCACACAGGGGAGAAGCCGUAUUCAUGCUCGGAAUGCGGGAAGUGUUUUGCUAUGAACACAGAUCUUGUACAACACCGGAGAACUCACACGGGGGAGAAGCCGUAUUCCUGUUCCGAGUGUGGGAAACACUUUAGUCACAGGACCAGUCUUGCUUCGCAUGGGAGAACUCACACUGGGGAGAAGCCGUAUUCAUGUUCGGAAUGUGGAAAGUGUUUCAGUCAGCACAGCAAUCUUACAUUGCAUCAGAGAGCUCACACAGGGGAGAAGCCGUGUUCAUGCUCCGAAUGCGAGAAAUGUUUUGCUAUGAACGUAGAUCUUGUACAACACCAGAGAACUCACACGGGGGAGAAGCCGUAUUCCUGUUCUGAAUGUGGAAAAUGCUUUAGUCAGAGGACCGGUCUUGUUUUACACAAGAGGGCUCACACAGGAGAGAAACCAUAUUCAUGUACGGAAUGCGGCAAACAUUUCAGGCAGAAGUCAAAUCUCACUAUCCACCGACGGACUCACACAGGUUUUGCGCCGACGGACGGACACAAGGCAUACUCCUGUUCCGAGUGCGGGAAAAGUUUUAAGAAAAAUGAUAGCCUUCUCCGACAUCUGAGAACUCACACAGGGGAGAAGCCGUAUUCAUGCUCGGAAUGCGGGAAGUGUUUUGCUAUGAACACAAAUCUUGUACAACACCAGAGAACUCACACGGGGGAGAAGAGGUAUUCCUGUUCCGAGUGUGGGAAACGCUUUAGUCAGAGUACCAGUCUUGUUUUGCAUAGGAGAACUCACACUGGGGAGAAGCCGUAUUCAUGUUCCGAGUGUGGGAAAUGCUUUAGUCAGAGGACCAGUCUUGUUUCGCAUGGGAGAACUCACACCGGGGAGAAGCCGUAUUCAUGCUCGGAAUGUGGAAAGUGUUUCAGUCAGCACAGCAAUCUUACAUUGCAUAAGAAAAUUCACACCAAGCACAAGCCGUACUCCUGUUACGAGUGCGGGAAAAGUUUUAAGAAAAAUGCUGGCCUUCUCCGACAUCAGAGAGCUCACACAGGGCAGAAGCCGUUUUCAUGCUUGGAAUGCGGGAAGUGUUUUGCUAUGAACACAGAUCUUGUACAACACCAGAGAACUCACACGGGGGAGAAGCCGUAUUCUUGUUCUGAAUGUGGGAAAUGCUUUAGUCAGAGGACCAGUCUUAUUUUACAUGAGAGAACUCACACAGCAGAGAAACCAUAUUCAUGUACGGAAUGUGGCAAACAUUUCAUGCACAAGUCAACUCUCACUUUACACCAAUGGACUCACACAGGCUUUACACCGACGGACAGGCACAAGGCAUACUCCUGUUCCCAGUGCGGGAAAUGUUUUAUGAAAAACGAUAGCCUUCUCCGACAUCAGAGAGCUCACACAGGAGAGAAGCCGUAUUCAUGUUCGGAAUGCGGGAAAAGUUUUGCUAUGAACACAGAUCUUGUACAACACUGGAGAACUCACACGGGGGAGAAGCCGUAUUCCUGUUCUGAAUGUGGGAAAUGCUUUAGUCAAAGGGCUAGUCUUGUUUCGCAUGGGAGAACUCACACCGGGGAGAGGCCGUAUUCAUGUUCCGAAUGUGGGAAAUGCUUUCGUGAGAAGACCGGUCUUGUUUCGCAUGAGAGAACUCACACAGGAGAGAAACCAUAUUCAUGCUCAGAAUGCGGGAAGUGUUUUGCUACGAACACAGAUCUUGUACAACACCAGAGAACUCACACAGGGGAGAAGCCGUAUUCCUGUUCCGAGUGUGGAAAAAGCUUUACUCAGAGGAACGGUCUUGCUUCGCAUUGGAGAAUUCACACUGGGGAGAAGCCGUAUUCAUGUUCGGAAUGUGGAAAGUGUUUCAGUCAGCACAGCAAUCUUACAUUGCAUAAGAAAAUUCACACCAAGCAGAAGCCGUCUUCAUGUUCAUAA